UCUAUGGCGUGGCUGGUAAAUGACGCUGUGUGUUGUAUCGUUUAGCUCUGUUCUAUGGGAAAGAAUAUAACUUUUAUAAGGGACGAUAAGUGAUGUUAAUCGAGGAUAUUUAACUCGAACGUUUGUUUGGCAGUCUCCUGGACAUUUAGUAAUAGUGUGUUGCUUAAAUAAAUGUAGAGGUUGGUCGUCAGCCGGGCGCCACCAUAUUCUGUAUUUGUACGGCAUUCGGACUCCAUUACGCGCGUAUUGAAAAUAUACACGGUAACCAAACAUUACGGUUGAUUAUCUUCGAUCAUGGUGCGCAGUCGUAAGGACAGUACUGGCAAAAGCGACUCGGAAACCACCGAUAAAGAAAACAAGAAGGACAGAGGACGAGAACGCGAAAGGAAAAAACGUGCUGCGUCUUCCUCGAGCAGUGGCAGUAGUUCUUCGGAUAGUAGCUCUGCCUCUUCUAGCUCAAGCAGUGGGAGUACCUCAAGAUCGAGUUCUUCCUCAAGUAGUUCAUCGAGCAGUUCCGGCAGUUCAUCAGGAAGCUCCCGUGAUAGAGGACGCAAACGUAGCCGCAGUAAAAGUGUAGAUGCUUCCAGGAGGCAUGACAAUAAAGAGAAGGAACGAGACAAGGACAGGGAAAGGGACAGAGAUAAGGACAAGAAAAAGGGUAGCAGUUCAGCAAUAGACAAACCAAAACCAAAGGGCCGUUCUAGAUCUCAGUCACCUCGAAGGAAGCGUAGAGAGCGGUCUCCAAUACCUAGGCCAACAAAGAUUCACAUCGGUCACUUGACACGUAACGUUACCAAGGAACAUAUUAUGGAAAUCUUUUCUACGUACGGCCAAAUAAAAAUGGUGGACUUUGCUGUGGAUAAACUUCAUCCAAAUCAUGGUCGUGGCUUUGCUUAUGUGGAAUUUGAAACUGCUGACGAAGCUGAGAAUGCUAUGAAGCAUAUGGACGGAGGACAAAUUGACGGACAGGAAAUUACAGCAGCUCCAGUACUCCUACCAAAACCACGUCCACCUCCCAUGCGCAGGAUGUCACCGAUCCUUGGAAGAAGACCACCACCGCGAUGGGGAGGAGGUGGCCGUAAUUCUCCACCUCGUUAUCGCAGACGUUCACCUCUUAUGAAUCGGCGACGAAGUCCUCGACCUCCUCGACGCAGGCCCAGAACUCGUUCUCGCAGUCCACCAAAUAAUCCGCGCCAUCGUCAUCGCCGUUACACCAGAUCAAGCUCCAGCAGUUCCCGAUAACAAUCCUACUUCACCAAUUGGAACAUUUAAGGAAUCCUUGCACACAUUUUGCUACGUCGAUCAGUUUGUCUAACAGGUUUAAUCUUAAGUCACGUAAGGAUGUACACAUGGGAGCUACGUAUUUUAUGAAUACUGGACUCGUUGCGAUUGGAAUGUUAGGCAACCUACGUUCCGUUCCAUCAGUGAAUAUUGCUCGUGAUAUCUUUCUUUUUCCUUUUAAAAUAUAUCAAUUUCACGCGUAUUCAAUAGUUUAUUUAAUGCGUCACUUCCGCCAACCUUUCAAUGUGAAAGGGUCAUUUAUACAGAACCUGACGCUUGAGACUGUCUCCGGCAAUCAAGCUGGAUGCGUGUUUAUAGGUCUGGUUGUGGGGCACUGAUAAAAACUUGUAUCUACUUUGA